CAUUCCUCGUUGUCUCUGAGGCGGCCGCCUUGGUGCGGAGGGGCUGGGGGCCGGGACAGCAGAGCGGAGCCGCCGCCGGGAGCCCGCCCGGCCGCCAUUAUCCCCCCCCUCGCCUCAUGGCCCCCAGGUGCCGGCGGCCGGGGCGGGCUGAAAGGCGUCGGUCGCCGAGGCGGCAAAAAUGGGUGAAUUUGCCACCGCUGACGUGAAAACCUUCACACCGAGGCGUUUUGCUGAGUCCAGUCACGGAGCUGACGUGAAAUGACUUGAGGUUGAGCUUUCCAGGUGCCACUUUCCACCGCAGGUAUACCUGUGUUUAGCGGAAAUGCCGCUAAAAUAAACUGGGGUGUGUGUGUACACCUAUUUCCAGUAAAUUCACCUCAGGGCCGGGCGCUGAAAUCCGGCUGGGUCUUGCCCAACAACCGGUGGUUGGUGUCUCUGAAUUCCCCAUGCCCUUUCCUCUUUUUGCCGCUUGGUUUGAAGGCCAAGCACCCUCUUCUUUUUUUGCUGUGGUAAAUAAAAGGCGGUCUGGCGAUUUCAUCACAGCAUCCUUUCCGUCUUCCUUUGCUUGAAGCAAGAAAUGGCUGUUUCCGAGGGGAAAUGAAAUAAUAGAUGUUGUGGUUGAGUGGCUGAGGAGAGCUGCUCCAGCAGGUCACAAAAUGAAGCCCUAGUCCUCAAAACUGUGCUCCACAAACACAGAUCAUGCUAUGUGCCGGGCAAAAAGUCUCCGAAGUUUCCCAUUAAGUGUGUAGGUGGAAGUGGAGAACUCUAUCAGUGGCCAGCUUAUCUUGUCACUUAAUUGAAGAGAGAACUCUGCAAUGAGAGUCUCUAAUUUACCAUCGUUAUUACGUGUUAACGUACGCCUGGUUCUGUAUUCAUUGGAGUAAUAGGAUUAGACCAAAGGUGGACAGAGAAGAAAAGCAUUGAGCAUCUCCAAGGAACCAGAAACCAGUAUGGCAUCAAAACUGAGAUCUCUCAGAAAGGUUUUUCUUUACGAGUGUCUGUUUGCAUUAACUUUUUGGAACCUGGUCAGCCUGUCUGUGGGACAGGAACUCUUUAUGUCUGUUUCUAACAAUUUUUCAGAAGAUGGUUCUGACAAAGGAGUUGGGGGCCCGCCACUCCUGCAUACAAAUAAUCGCCAGUCCAAACCCAAUUUUGACUGGGUUGUGGUAGAAAAUACUACAGAAAGCCUGUCGUUGUCAGAAAUCACAAAUAACAAUGUAAACGAUUUAAUAGCUUUAUUAUCUAAUUUCAGGCCAGGCUCCAGGUUACACAAUCUGACGCUGACAAACGUGUCAGUGGACUGGACUGCUCUUAUUGAUGUUUUGCAGACUGUGUGGCACUCCUCUGUCGAAUACCUCAAUCUUAACAGCGUAACACAACUAUCAGACAUCAUUGAGAUUGAUUUUGACUAUUCGGGUACCUCUAUGAAAGCACUGACAAUGAAGAAAGUUUCAAUCACGGAUCUGUACUUCAUGCAGAAUGACCUAUACAAAAUAUUUGCAGACAUGAAUAUCGAAGCCCUGACAAUAUCUGAAUCAGAGAUGAUCCAUAUGCUGUGUCCUUCGUCAAACAGUGCCUUCAGAUACUUAAAUUUUUUAAAGAACGAUUUAACAGAUUUUCUUUUUCAAAGUUGCAAAAAAUUAGUUAAACUGGAGACGUUAAUCUUGCAGAAGAAUAAAUUUGAGAGCCUUUCCAAAGUCAGCUUCAUGACCAGCCGUAUGAAAUUGCUCAAAUACUUGGACAUGAGCAGCAACUUGCUGAGCUACGAGGGGCCUGCUGAGCGGUGCCGCUGGGCCGAGUCCCUCUCGGAGCUGGACCUGUCCUCCAACCAGCUGACGGAUGCCGUGUUUGAGUGCUUGCCAGUCAACGUGCAGAAGCUGGAGCUGCAGAACAACCAGAUCAGCAGUGUCCCCAGGGGGAUGGCGGAGCUGAAGUCCUUGAGAGAGCUGAACCUGGCGUCCAACCGCCUGGCUGACCUGCCGGGCUGCGGGGGCUUCCCGUCGCUGGCCUUCCUGAACGUGGAGAUGAACGUGAUCCUCACCCCGUUGGUGGACUUCUUCCAGAGCUGCCCGCGGGUGAGGGAGCUGCAGGGCGGGCACAACCCCUUCAAGUGCUCCUGUGAGCUGCAGGCCUUUGUGCGGCUGGAGAGGCGCUCUGGGGGGAAGCUGUUUGGCUGGCCGGGGGCCUACGUGUGCGAGUACCCGGAGGAGCUGCGAGGAAGGCUCCUGGAGGACUUCCACCUGGCCGAGCUGGCCUGCAACACCACGCUCCUGCUGGUGACGGCUCUGGUGGUGACGCUGGCGCUGGUGGCCGUGGUGGCCUUUCUGUGCGUCUACCUGGACGUGCCGUGGUACGCGCGGAUGACGUGGCAGUGGACGCAGACGAAGCGGAGAGCUCGGCACCAGCAGCCCCAGGAGCAGGAGGGGGCUCUGCAGUUCCACGCCUUCGUGUCCUACAGCGAGCGGGACGCGGCGUGGGUGAAGGAGGAGCUGAUGCCCAACCUGGAGAGGGGGGAGGGCCGCGUCCAGCUGUGCCAGCACGAGAGGAACUUCAUCCCCGGCAAGAGCAUCGUGGAGAACAUCAUCACCUGCAUCGAGAAGAGCUACAGGUCCAUCUUUGUGCUGUCUCCCAACUUUGUGCAGAGCGAGUGGUGUCACUACGAGCUGUACUUUGCCCACCACAAGCUCUUCAGCGAGACUUCCAACAGCUUAAUCCUCAUUUUGCUGGAGCCCAUCCCUCCGUACGUGAUCCCCGCCAGGUACCACAAGCUGAAGGCUCUGAUGGCCAAGCGAACCUACCUGGAGUGGCCCAAGGAGAGGAGCAAGCAGCCCCUUUUCUGGGCCAACCUGCGGGCAGCCAUUAACGUGAAGCUGCCAGUGGCUGAUGGACAGAGGUGUGGGGAAACAGAUUAGGAAUCUUGCUCAUGGAGUUUCUUCUGCUUUUUUUUAUUCUGGGUGAAGCAAUAAAUGCUUUAUCAUUUCCA